GUGUGCGCAAUUCUCACCACUGUGUCCUUUUCAUCAUAGUUUUCAUGUGUGAUGUGGAUCUCUGUCAUCAGACUGAUUUUAAAUCAGCAGACAUUUUUUCAACUGCACCUGAAGUAUUGGAGGGGGGUGUCCUGCAACUGAGGUGUGCCAUUUUCCAGACCACUGACAACCACAGAAGGGAGCUACACAUGUACCUCUGCAAGGAUGGAGUUGGAAACAGGAUGGACAUUGUAAAAGGCGAGAAGGAAACAGUCUUUAAGGUAGAGGGUGUUGAAGAGAACACUGGGAACUACAGCUGUGUUUACUCAAUACCCAAACAUCCACUGCCUGAAGUGAAUUGCACCAGUGAAAAGUCUGUCUUCAUUCUUGUCAAAGGUACUGAGACUGAUGCACCUACAACCACACCAGAAAACUCCACUCUGACUGAUGUUCCAGCCACAACAGGAGGCUCCAGUGGGUAUUUGUACCUCAUUGCUGUGUUUCUAUGUGCUGCCCUACUGUCAGCAGCAUUGUCCAUCCUCUGGAAAUAUAAAUGUCAACAGAUAAGGGGCAGUGAGACACAGGGCACACGCGGCACUGUUGCAGCGCACAAGAAGACUCGCUUUUCAGUGAGAUCACUGAAGAAAAAGCGCGAAGAGCAGCCUGUAUACCAAAAUGUUACCGCCUCAGCCAACACGGAUGAUGAACAUACACAGCCUACGCCAGCUGCCGCUCUCUAUCAAAACAUGAGGAUUGAUAAUUGAUGCUGACAACGUGUACUGCAGCCUGCAAUACCCUGAUUCAACUGUUUAUAUUAGUUAGCCAUGUUCAGCAUGUCAGCCUUAUAUUACAUCGUCUCUUAGUUUGACAGCUAUGUUGCGAAUGGUUUGUUUUGUUUACUUCAACAAAUAAUGUGUACUCACAUGCUGCACUGUACAUUGAAAUGCAUAUUGGGCUGGUGAAGACUUUCUGCUAUGGCCUAUGACGUAACUGUGAAACUAGCACUUGAGAUAUUAUGAAACAUGGUAUUUUCUAUUUUGUUGGCAUUUUAUCUUAGUGAAAAAAAAAACGUUUUCAAAUUUGUGUACAUAAACCGGCUAAUUUCCAUUAUAUAACCAUCACAUUUUAAAUGUCUCAAUAUGGGUUCACGAUAAAUUGACAUUCAUCUGGGAUUAUAUUGAUGAUUUUUGAGGUUAUGUUUGUUGUUUUUGCUGUUCAGUGCACAAUCUUCUAACUAUUAAAUGUUUUUUGGGUCACCUGUGUUGUAUGUCAGUACAUUUGUCUGAUUUUAGCGAUCACAGUCUGUUAUCUACCAACACUUACUGCGCUCAUUCAGCACAAGCCGUCUGGCUCUGCCAUCCAGUCGCUCUAGGUACUCCCAGUCAAGAUUGUUCUCCGUUGUUGUACCCAAGUGGUGGAACGGUCUCCCAGAGGCAGCAAGACUAAGCAUAUCUCGUGCAGCCCUCAAGAAACAAGUAAAGACCUUCCUCUUUCGAGAGUAUCUACUAGACUAAUGCUUGAGCUGGCCUAGCCCCAGGGCAGACUCUUGACAUGAUGUGUCUGUAUGUGUGUUGUGUGUGUACUCUUUAUUUAUUUUUUUAAAAACUAACCCUUUGCAACUGCACUUGUUGUUCUGUAUAUUUCCUAUGCACUUUGUUGGCUUGAUUAUGUCCUCUUUUGAAAGUUGCAUUGGUCAUAAAGCGUC